CGUCAAUUCAAGAGGCGGGACUUCCGCAAUAGUAAGCUAACUAAUAACAUGGCGAAGACUUACGAUUACUUGUUUAAACUACUUUUAAUCGGCGAUUCAGGCGUCGGAAAGACCUGUGUGCUAUUCAGAUUUUCAGAGGAUGCCUUCAACUCAACGUUUAUCUCCACAAUAGGAAUUGACUUCAAGAUCAGGACAAUAGAGUUAGAUGGAAAGAAGAUCAAGCUACAGAUAUGGGACACAGCAGGACAGGAGAGGUUCAGGACCAUCACGACAGCCUACUACAGAGGAGCCAUGGGUAUCAUGUUAGUGUAUGACAUCACUAAUGAGAAGUCCUUUGACAACAUAAAGAACUGGAUAAGGAAUAUAGAGGAGCAUGCCUCAGCAGAUGUGGAAAGGAUGGUCCUUGGGAACAAAUGUGAUGUCAAUGACAAGCGACAGGUGUCCAAAGAAAGAGGAGAGAAGCUGGCACUUGAGUAUGGUAUCAAAUUCAUGGAGACCAGCGCAAAAGCCAACAUCAACGUCGAGAAUGCCUUCUUAACGCUCGCUAGAGACAUCAAAGCAAAAAUGGACAAGAAGCUGGAGGGCAACAACCCGCAGGGCAGCAAUCAAGGAGUAAAGAUUACAGAACAGCCCAAGAAGAACAGCUUCUUCCGCUGCACGCUCCUGUGAGGAGACCGGAGCAUCCACCAGAGCCUUAACUGUGUCCCCCCCCACUGGACAGAACUGGACAGACAGAGCACACCCUGAUCGCCUCUUUAUUUCUUGUCUUCCUUGUUCUUUUUCUGAUUGUCCCAUGCUCAUCUAGUAGGAAGAACAACCUCUCACUCCUUUGCUUUACCAGUCUUUCCUUGACACCGAUGAAUCUAAUAACUGAUGCCUCUGCCACAUGACACAAUCUGAUUUCUCUGUUGCGGUUAUUUUGGUAGUUUCAACUCAAUUCCUUAGAUUUUAUUGACUUUUAAAGACUGACUCCUGGUGAGAUCCUAGAAACAAUGAAACCAUCACUGCUCACAACAACUGCUGAUGCCGACCUGCUAUCUGUUGUUGUCAGUGUGACAAGGAAAAAUCAUAUUUAUUGGAUCUUUAUCACUAAAAGCAGCUCAAAUUAUACUUUAGACUUAAUUUGAAAUUAUAGAACAUUUUUACACUUCUAUCUAUCCAAUCUAAAUACACAAGUAUAUAUGAUUGAUUAUAAUAUGCUUUGAAACUGGUGCCAGCCACAUUUUUUUACCCAACAUAUCAACAUUGGGGUUAACAUGUCCUCUGUCCUCCUUUCCGCUAAUUUCUCAGGCUGAAACAUUCCUCUUUUGAAAACUUCGAUGUGCAAUGUAAUAUGUAGGGGGGCCAGAUUAUUUUCUAUCCUAAGUAUUUAAGUGGUUGAAGUAAGAAAUGGUUCUUGAAAAAGGAGGGCACAGAUUCCCUUUAUAGUGUCUUACCUCAUCGUUUUGUGUAUCGCGGUUUCUAGGAUACAAAAGGUGUUAUUGUUGUGAGGUAAACAAUUAUUUGCUGCACUUCUGCAGUUGGAAUUGCAGUACCAAAUCCUAACACCUGGGGGUUGACAGAGAAGAGGCACAGAAGGAAUCACAGCUCAUUGUCUAAUAUAUUCGCACAUGAUCCGGUUGUCUGUUCCAAUGGAGGGACAUGCACACAACUGUUUUCUGGGCCUUGGAGAAGGGCUGUGCUGUAGCAGUAUUCACGGAACAAAAAACAAAACAUAGCACCAAAAUGACAAAGUGCCCUUUAAUGUUCUUAUUGUUAAUGCACUUUUCCUUUGUUCUUUCUGUAAAAAAAAUGUUUCUUAACAUUUGUUGACUGUAUUUGUUGCAAGUCUUAACUGAUAGCAAAGAAUAUUCAUGCACAAGCUUUCCAUGUUCCCUUUCUGGGCAUCCUUAAAAACAUCUGAGCACUGAAACCUUGUCUUUUUAGUAUGAACAUAUAUUGAAGGGCCUAUGAUUCAGAGAGCGUUUUCAUUGCCGUUCCCAACAUUCCCUUAAACUGAUAUUUCACUUUUUCUAGUUUUUAAUGCAUUUUCUUCCCCAUUGAUGCACCGUCUCAUUUUUCUCUCCUCCCCCUGAUACCCCGAUCUCUUUCUUGGUCCACAGUCAUGGCCGUCUGUACUAUGCAUUCUGGGUGCAGAGAAAACCUUGAAAGCUUUGCACAUUUGACUUGAUGACAUAUUUGAGAUCAGAGAUGUGCAAAAGAAUCUUUGCUGUUUUAUUUUCUGCUGUCACUCCAAAUUCAUUAGUAUUGGCUCUGUCGAACUGUUCAGGUGUAAGAAUAGGAAAUUAACUGAAAGUUGAUUAUUAUUAUUAUUUUUGAUCACCUCUGACGUUUUACAGUGAUGCAAAUCAUUUCUGGUGCUGAAGAGUCUUUGAAUUGAUAACUGCCUAAACGUUAACCUGUGGAUUCAAAUCAUUUUAGCUGAUUUCAGAACAAUUUUGGUCAAACCAGCUUUCUUGGAUGAAACCAAAUCAUGGCUGUAAACGGCUUAAAUGUGGUCUGCUCAGUCCUUUUGAUAGGAGACAAAAAAGUAAAAGAUUUCCAGCUCAACAUCAGCGUAUCUUCAGCAUUCUCUUACUUAAUUUGUAUUUCAUUUUAUGGGCAAAAUAUUAAAUAAUUCAGCAAUUGUAAAUAAGAUCUGCAAUGAUUGUACUUAAUAAAUCUUAUUGAUCUACACCUUUUGUAGAUAUUUGUACUUUUGAUGAUUUAUUAAAAAUGAGAUUCUUAAAGAAA